GCUUCUUACCGUCAUUCCCUUGAACUUGCUGUUUCAUCAAUAACGUUGUGUACAUCUCAUCCCUCUCUCCCUUUUGGCUUCGAAUGAAGUUCCUAUACGCUGCUAUAGGCGUCGCUGCGCUUGCCUUCCGUGCGAGCGCAGCACCUCUCCGAGUUGAUGUAUUCGUUGGCUCGUCUGGAGGUCCCGUUGCUCUCGAAGAGGCAUUGAAAAAUGUUGAAACACGGCCGAACGUACCUGUACAGGUGUCUGGCUUCGGCUUCGUGCGCGCUGGGGCGUCAGCAUUCCAUCCCCAUGUCGAGAUCGUCGAAGUCACGGACAAGAAGACAGCGCAUUGGGUGUACAAGCCCGCGUCGGGUGAACAGGGAUCUGUCCUUGUAUCCGAUGGGGCAGCCCCCGUCCGCGAGAAAGACGAAGCGUUCCGUAACUGGGUGAUGACCCAUCCCGAAGUGCACCAUGGUGGUGAUAUUCUCCAACAUCGCCCCAUACACCUCAACCACAACUGGGGCAAGAAGCCGGGAUGCCACAAGUCCUGGGAGCAGUCCUUCAAUGGCGUGGCUGCCAGCAUUCGUGAAGCUUUCGGCUUUGCUCCGAUUCACCCACAUGGGGCUCCUCUCCCUCUACAAAUGGUAUCCAGCGACCGUGUGUUGUUGCACCCAUAUACAACUAGUCCUGCCGAAAACGACGAUCGUCUCAUGCGCCGCCCCGAUGCUCGUUGGCCCAUGCCUUUCCACCACCAGGGUCAGGGCAGACAUCACCGGUUCCACCACCACCGCGGCGGUGAUUGGCACAAGAAGCCCUUCUCACGUCGCCUCAUGCAUGCUCUUUACAUUCUUGGUCCCGUUGAGGGUCGUAUUGUCGCCUUCAUCCUUGGGCUUGGCGUCGGCACUCUCAUCCGCGUUAUCUUCGUCAUGGGUCUUCUCGCAUAUCGGUCCUUCACUGGCCGUAGCAACAGGAUCAUGUUGAGUGACGACACCGAAGCUUGCGAGCCUAUCGUUGUUGAGCGCAUAUACGAGAUCAAGGAGAAGGACCACGCCCCCGCUUACACUGCAGUUGUCGUUGACGGCGAACAAACCCUCGCUCCUCCAAGCUAACAACGGAUUGGACAUUUUCUUCCCUCCUUAUUUCAUUGUCCAGAGAGCUCUGCGGUUGUACUUACAUAACAUUGGGUUGUCAAUUACAGCGAGUUGAC